AUGAGCAUGUCCAACGCUUUCGCUUCUGCCGCCUUCCCCGACGAUUCAGACGACGACGCGACGAAGUCUUUACCGUCGAACGCGUCGUCUUUGCUGCGACAACGGGGGAGACAACGUGAACAACAAAUGAACGACCCCGCAAAAACUUUGCGCAAAAACGUGAAAUUCAAUUCUUUCACGACGGCAACCGACCGGGAGGACGGAGAUCUUCCACCGACGACGACGACGACGACUGCCACGGAAAAUAAUAACACGAACAACAACAACAACAAAAAGGAAGAUAAAGACGCGUUCGUUUUACUUUUGAGCGUUUCCAUCACCGCGCUGGUCGCCGCGUGCUACUUUUUGGAAAAGUACGCGUAUUUGUUGAGACCGUUAGUGUUCGCGUGCGGGAUAGCGCUGUGUUUGCAACCGAUUGUGGAUUUUUGCGCGGAUAAGGCGUACCAGGCGAAGAUACUGAGGAAGUGGCGGCUGAAGAGGCGCGUGGUGGUGCAGAAUAGCGAGCGCUUUAUGGACGACGACGAAGAGGAGGAGGAGGAAGAGGGGGGAGAUGAUGAUGACGCCGACGGGCGGCGGCGGCGCGGCGGAUCGAGACGAAGAAUAUCCGCCGAGGAAGAGGAACAUUUAGAGUACGAACGAGAACGGAGCCGAGCCGGGUGCGUUUUGGUCUUCCCGAGACCGAUGGCUAUUUUUAUAGCCAUAUUCUUCGUCGUCGUAUUUUUGUGCACGUUUCUUUUCGCGUUGUAUUUAGGCCAGACGUGGAUUGUCUCUCAUUUACACGACAACGAUUGGGACGAACGAUUUAAAGAUAGGAUUCAGAUCGUCGCGAAUUUUGUGGACGACUGCGCGAGGAAGAUUUUCAAGGAGGAUCACGUCGCCGUGGACGCGUGGCAGACAAUGGUGGAUGAAGUUGAGUCGUGGUUGAAAGAUGAGGACUUUUGGACGCAGGUUGGGACGACCGUGUUCAGAUAUUUCGGCGACGUGUGUUUGUGCGGCGUGUAUUCGAUGUUUUUGUUGGUGCCGGAAAGACAGCCGUUGAGGUUUAAAAAACCGGUAGUGAAACGAACCGUCGUGGCAGUGCGUAAGUUCAUGAACAUCAUGAUCGUUUUGGCACUUUUCAGGGCCGCUUUGGUGAGUUGCGUCUUAUACUUUUGUGGCGUGCCGUUGAUUUUGGCGGCUUCAUUGGCAAUUCUCUCGUUUUGGUUGUACUUCAUUCCAACCGUCGGAUCCUUGAUUUCAUUCGCGUUGCCGGUGCCGAUUGCGUUGUUGUUGCCCGAUUUAACAUCAAGCGCGAGAUGGUGCGCGUGUAUUUUCCCAUCCUUUGCAUCUGCUAUCGUCGGUGAUUUUGUCGGCCCGGUCGCGUACAGGAAAGGAUUGGACCUCUCGGAAGUAACCGUGUUGUUGUGUUUAGUUUUUUGGUAUUCCGUGUGGGGUGCCGCUGGAGCAGUGUUGGCGGUACCGUUGACGUGCGCGAUCAAGAUUGCUUUAGAAGAGAUGCCACAUGCUGGAGCAAAAAUGGUAGCGAGGAUGAUGGCGCCGAGGUUGAAGAGGAGACGACCGAACGCCUCCGAAAGGGCGGCGUUGGCAAGCGAGUCUUCGCUGUCGUUUAGGACAAGCGGAGGAAGAGAUGAGCGACCGACGAAUACGACGGAAAUCAAUGCAAAUGAAGAAGAAGAAGAAGACGACGACGACGCGUACGAAAGAGGCGACCCGAGAACGCCGUAUACGGUUCGAGCGGCACGAUGGACGUGGAGAAAAGUCAACCCGGCGAAACCGUCAUCAUCACCCGGAGGUUAUACAAGACUUGAAGACGACGCGAAUGAGUCUUGA